AUGAGACCAUCUACUCCAAUAAAUGUACCAUUAAAAGCUGGUUCAUUAAAAUCAUUAAAUACAAAAAAUCAAAAAACAAAAAAUUUUGGUAUUCAAGUUUUAUCAAAAAUAAAAGAUAAAAAUGCUUUUAUAACUAAAAUUAAAACAAAUUGUCCAAUAUAUAUUCAACCAAUUCAUUCUAGUAUUUACAAAGCAAAUCAUCCUUCAAAUAUUUCUACAAAAUCUACUUAUGAAAAAAAUGUUUUGAAAAUUCCUUCAUCAAAAUCUAGAAAUUAUUAUUUAAGUAAUAAAAGCUCACAUAAUUUUUAG